AUGUUGCGAUUAUUCAUUCUUUUGUGCGGUGUGUUAAUUCAAACGCAAAUUGCUUUCUCGGAAUCACCACCAAGAUGUGAAGCAGUGCCAUGUGCUGGUCCCGAUAGAUUUUGUGAAUACCAAAUCAACCCAGAAACGUGUGAUUGUGAGCCUUUUGUAUGCUGUUCCAUUCCUUAUUGUCCAAAUGGGUAUGAAGUUUGCGAUUCUUGUUCAAAUUGUAUAUGCAAAGAAGGAUGCCCUGAAGAACCAUGUGAACAACCUGCUGAUAUUUUCUGCUCAGCAACUCGUGAUCCAACAACUUGUGAAUGUCAAACUGUUUGCUGUUCAAUUUUUUGUCCAAAUGGAAUUGACUGGGACAACUGCACUUCAUGUUCUAAUUGUGCUUGCUUACCAAACAAAGUUUUGAAGUGCGAAGAAGUAAUGAAUGGUUAA